AUGUCCUCAGUCAGUGAAGUGAAUGUUGAUAUCAGAGAUUUCCUAAUGAGCAUUAAUUUGGAGCAGUACCUCUUAAACUUCCGAGAAUUUGGUUUUAAUAAUGUGAGGGACUGUGCAGAAAUAAAUGACAGUGUGCUCCUCAAAGUUGGAAUAUCACCUACAGGACACCGGAGGAGGAUACUUAAACAGUUACAGAUAAUCCUGUCAAAAAUGCAAGAUAUCCCAAUAUAUGCAAAUAUUCACAAAACAAAGAAGAAUGAUGAGACCUCAGAGGAUCACCAGGCUCCAUCUUCUGCUCAGAAUACCUCCUUAGAAUUUUCAGAUUCACACAGUGUUCAAAUACCUAGCCGGAUACAGUUGGAGUAUGUUACAAAAAAUGUUGGAGAAAAUGAGGUUUGUGUGGAAAAUAGCCAGUCUCUUAAAUCAGAUGAUAAGCUGACUCUUCCUACACACAACUUUCCCAUUCCAGAAGACGAACCACACUCAAAUUCAGGUUCUUUUCAAGAUUCUUUACUUGGUAAUGAAAUUACCGACGUAGAAUCUUUGAUAACAGAGAAGACUGUGGGCUGUACAACUGAAGAAGAACAAACAGGAAAAGCUGAUUUGAUUUCAGAAAAUGUAGGCAAGCUUCCUAACGCAGACCUUGAAUUCCUUUCCUCCCAUGACUCUUCAGUAUCAGAAGCAAACUCUGGAAAUGGAACUAACGUUUUAUUAGAAAGCUCACCACCGUCCCCAUUCUUUCAGUUUCAAGGAGAAAUGGUUGUAAAUGAUUUGUAUGUGCCAUCAUCACCAGUCCUAACAGCUAUGAGAAGUCGUAGCAAGUUGGUUUCAAGACCAUCUCGAUCUUUUCUGCUAAGACAUCGGCCGGUACCAGAGAUUCCAGGAUCAACGAAGGGAAUUUCAGGGAGCUAUUUCCGUGAGAGAAGAAAUGUUGCUACCUCAACUGGAAAGUCUGUGACACAGCAAAAUACAAAUGAAGAGAACUCAUCUUCCAUUUUACCUUAUGGAGAGACCUUUCUCUUCCAGAGACUAGAAAAUUUCAAGAAGAGAUCUAUAAAGAAUGAAUUUUGGACCCAGGAAGAAACACUCAAAGGGGAAACAACUACUGAAAGAAACUCAUUUUUUGUCAAAUCAAGCAUAUAUGAUAACAGGACGGAAAAUAUAAGUGAAGACAAAGUAGAAGAUAUUUGGAUACCUCGAGAGGACAAAAGCAGUCUUCCUAUGGACUCUGCUUCAGAAUCAGAGUAUUCAACAGUAGAAGAAUGUUUUCAGAGUUUAAGAAGGAAAAAUUCAAAGCCAUCUAAAUCAAGGACUCAAAAAGCAGUGAAUUUGGACCCUGUUAAUAGGCACAGUUAUCCACUAAGCUCAACAAGUGGAAAUGCUGAUUCACCAGUUAUUUCCUCAAAUGUAAUAUCUCCCUAUGCCUGUUUUUAUGGAUCAUCUACAAGGAAGGUUAAAUCCGGAUGGCUUGACAAACUCUGUCCCCAAGGAAAACGCAUGUUUCAGAAGAGAUGGGUGAAAUUUGAUGGCCUUAGCAUUUCUUAUUACAAUAAUGAUAAGGAAGAGAAGCUAAAACCCCCAAAAUGGAAAAUAAGGAGAAGAAAAAGUUAUUCUGAGAAGUAUUCAAAAGGAAUUAUUCCCCUUUCUGCUAUAUCUACGGUACGAGUUCAAGGAGACAACAAAUUUGAAGUUGUUACAACACAAAGAACUUUUGUUUUUAGAGUAGAAAAAGAAGAGGAAAGAAAUGACUGGAUCAGCCUACUAUUAAAUGCACUGAAGUUACAGGCCCUUUCUUCACAGUCUCAAGCUGUUAUUGCACCUGAGAAAUGUGGAUAUCUUGAACUGAGAGGCUAUAAAGCUAAAAUUUUUACUGUGUUAAGUGGAAACAGCGUGUGGCUUUGCAAAAAUGAACAGGAUUUUAAGAGUGGACUUGGUAUUACCAUAAUCCCUAUGAAUGUAGCAAAUGUAAAACAAGUGGACCGAACUGUAAAACAGUCUUUUGAAAUAAUCACUCCCUACAGGAGUUUUAGCUUUACAGCUGAGUCUGAAAAAGAGAAACAAGAGUGGAUUGAAGCUGUGCAGCAAUCAAUAGCAGAAACUCUCUCUGAUUAUGAAGUAGCUGAGAAGAUUUGGUACAAUGAGUCCAACAGGAGCUGUGCAGAUUGUAAAGCCCCAGAUCCUGACUGGGCCUCCAUCAAUCUCUGUGUUGUCAUCUGCAAGAAGUGUGCAGGGCAACAUAGAUCUUUAGGACCAAAAGAUUCCAAGGUUAGAAGUCUGAAAAUGGAUGCCAGCAUUUGGAGCAAUGAGCUCAUUGAGCUUUUCAUUGUCAUUGGAAACAAAAGAGCUAAUGACUUUUGGGCUGGUAAUCUUCAAAAAGAUGAAGAAUUACACAUGGACUGUUCAGUAGAAAAGAGAAAAAAUUUUAUCACUCAGAAGUACAAAGAAGGAAGAUUCAGAAAAACCCUUUUGGCGUCUCUUACCAAGGAAGAAUUAAAUAAGGCUCUGUGUGCUGCUGUGGUGAAACCAGAUGUUCUGGAAACAAUGGCUUUGCUGUUCAGUGGAGCAGAUGUCAUGUGUGCAACAGGUGAUCCUGAGCACAGCACCCCCUAUCUGCUGGCCAAGAAGGCAGGGCAGAGUCUGCAGAUGGAAUUUCUCUACCAUAACAAAUUCUCAGAUUUCCCUCAACAUGACAUAUAUUCUGAAGGUGGAUUAAAUCAAGAGUCCUCCCAGUCUACGUUCCUCUGUGACUUUUUGUAUCAGGCUCCUGCUGGUGCUUCUAAACUCUCUUCAGAAAAAAAACUGCUUGAAGAGACAAAUAAAAAGUGGUGUGUUCUAGAAGGAGGCUUCUUGAGUUACUAUGAAAAUGAUAAGUCUACCACGCCUAAUGGCACCAUUAAUAUCAAUGAAGUCAUCUGCCUGGCUGUGCACAAAGAAGACUUCUGUUUAAAUACUGGGCCCAUCUUUACUUUUGAGAUUUAUUUACCCUCAGAACGUGCAUUUUUAUUUGGAGCUGAAACAUCUCAAGUGCAAAGAAAAUGGACAGAAGGAAUAGCCAAGCAUUUUGUUCCCUUUGUUGCUGAAAACUUAACAGAAGCUGACUAUGAUUUGAUUGGUCAACUCUACUACAAAGACUGCCAAGCCCUGGAUCAGUGGAGAAAAGGCUGGUUUGCAAUGGACAAAUCUAAUUUGCGUUUUUGCCUUCAAAUGCAAGAAGGUCAGGAGGAUAGAAUGCACUUAAGAAGACUACAAGAACUAACAAUUAGCACAGUGGUUCAAAAUGGGGAAAAAUUGGAUGUUUUGCUCUUGGUAGAAAAAGGGAGAACAUUAUACAUCCAUGGGCAUACCAAGUUGGAUUUCACAGUCUGGCAUACUGCAAUUGAAAAAGCAGCGGGUACAGAUGGGAAUGCAUUACAAGACCAGCAGCUCGGCAGAAAUGACGUUCCCAUUAUCGUGAACAGCUGUAUAGCAUUUGUUACACAGUAUGGUUUAGGACACAAAAAUAUCUAUCAAAAGAAUGGUGAUCCAUUACAUGUAAGUGAACUCCUGGAGAGUUUCAAAAAGGAUGCAAGAAGCUUUAAAUUGAGGGCUGGAAAACAUCAACUUGAAGAUGUGACAGGUGUACUGAAGAGUUUUCUCUCCGACAUUGAUGAUGCACUUCUCACUAAGGAGCUCUACCCGUAUUGGAUCUCUGCCUUAGAUACCCAAGAUGACAAGGAAAGAAUUAAAAAGUAUGGAGCAUUUAUACGUACUCUUCCUGGGGUGAACCGAGCAACGCUGGCAGCUAUAAUUGAACACCUUUACAGGGUUCAGAAAUGCUCAGAAAUCAAUCACAUGAGUGCCCACAAUUUGGCCUUGGUUUUUUCCUCCUGUUUGUUUCAAACUAAGGGACAAACUAGUGAAGAAGUGAAUGUAAUCGAAGACUUAAUUAAUAAUUAUGUUGAAAUUUUUGAGGUUAAAGAAGACCAAGUCAAACAAAUGGACAUAGAGAAUAGCUUUAUUACCAAGUGGAAAGACACUCAAGUUUCCCAGGCUGGAGAUUUGUUAAUUGAAGUAUAUGUAGAAAGAAAGGAACCUGACUGCAGUAUUAUAAUUCGGAUAUCUCCUGUGAUGGAAGCAGAAGAGUUAACUAAUGACAUAUUAGCAAUAAAAAAUAUAAUUCCAACAAAAGAUGAUAUUUGGGCCACAUUUGAAGUCAUAGAAAAUGAAGAGCUCGAACGUCCUCUUCACUACACAGAAAAUAUAUUGGAACAGGUGCUUCGAUGGAGUUCAUUAGCUGAACCUGGCUCUGCUUAUCUUGUAGUGAAGAGAUUCUUAACCAUUGACACAAUUAAACACUAUAAUGAGAGGAAGGCCCUGGAAAAUAUCAAAGAGGGAGUCUUGAAAGUCAAAGAAGAACCAUCCAAAAUACUCUCUGGAAAUAAGUUUCAAGAUCGGUAUUGUGUUUUACGAGAUGGGUACCUCCUUCUUUACAAGGAUCUGAAGAGUAGCAAACCUGACAAAAUGUUUUCUCUCAGUUCAGUGAAGUUUUAUCUUGGAGUGAAAAAGAAGAUGAAGCCUCCAACAAGUUGGGGAUUGACAGCAUAUUCUGAAAAACAUCACUGGCACCUGUGUUGUGAGAGUUCACAAACUCAAACGGAGUGGAUGGCCAAUAUCUUUAUCGCCCAGCAUGAAAAUGAUAUAUGGCCACCAGCUGGAAAGGAACGAAAACGUUCUAUAACCAAAAAUCCCAAAAUUGGAGGUUUGCCUCUGAUUCCCAUCCAGCAUGACAGAAAUGCAACCCAAGCCCGGAGAGAGACUCAGAGUGCAAAAGCAGAACUCGAAAGGCUGCGGCUCGGUGCAAAGCGUGACCAAGGUGGAGAUGGCACCUUAAAGGAGAAAGCCUCCAUCGUGGCCCAGUGCCUGGAGCACAAGGACGAGAAACUUCGAAAUCGAACCAAAAAACACCGGAGUUUCAACUGUCUGGAGGACACAGAGGCUGAGGUCUUCCCAGGGCGACAGAAAGGCCAUAAAGGCCUAAAGACACUGAGGAAGACUGAGGACAGGAAUGGCAAAGAUACUUUGGACUGCAAUAAUAAGUUACCGCCAAAGGUCAUCGAAGAGCUUAGCGUGGUUCUCCAACGAUCAAGAACGCUUCCAAAAGAGUUACAGGCUGAGCAAGUGGUGCAGAAGGAAAUAAAAUGA